AUGGAUAUGGAGUCUUGGAAGUUUCUCAGAAGCGUUUGCAUACUUUCUUUCCUCCUUGGCUCUGUCUUUGUCUAUCAAAGCCUUCAUGUUGUUGUUACUGCUCAAGAAGACACAAAACCAACCGUGACUCUGCAAGUAAAUGCUUCUAACGCAGCUGGACGACUCAUCCCUGAAACGCUGUUUGGAAUAUUCUUCGAGGAGAUUAACCAUGCUGGUGCUGGUGGGUUAUGGGCUGAACUUGUUAGCAACAGAGGGUUUGAAGCUGGUGGGCAGAACACACCGUCGAAUAUCUGGCCUUGGUCCAUUGUUGGUGAUCAGUCGUCCGUAUAUGUAGCUACGGACCGUUCGUCGUGCUUUGAACGCAAUAAGAUAGCAUUGAGAAUGGACGUGCUCUGUGAUAGCAAAGACUGUCCAUCAGGAGGUGUUGGAGUUUAUAACCCUGGUUACUGGGGCAUGAACAUUGAAGAUGGAAAGAAGUACAAGGUGACGUUUUAUGUGCGUUCGAGUGGUGAUAUCGAUCUCUCUGUGUCGUUGACGAGCUCGAAUGGAUCGUUGACUCUUGCUUCUGAAAAGAUCAUAGCUUCUGCUUCUGAAGUUUCGAAAUGGACUAAAAAGGAGAUACUUUUGGAGGCAAAAGGAACAGAUCAUGGUGCAAGACUUCAGUUAACAACAACCAAGAAAGGGUCAAUAUGGAUUGACCAAGUCUCGGCCAUGCCUGUGGAUACUUACAAGGGACAUGGUUUCAGAAAUGAUCUUUUCCAAAUGAUGGCUGAUAUAAAGCCCCGUUUCAUCCGGUUUCCAGGUGGUUGUUUUGUGGAGGGUGAAUGGUUAAGUAAUGCAUUCCGCUGGAAAGAAACCGUAGGACCUUGGGAAGAGAGACCAGGCCACUUUGGUGAUGUUUGGAAGUAUUGGACCGAUGAUGGCCUUGGUCACUUUGAGUUCUUUCAAAUGGCAGAAGACAUUGGCGCAGCCCCGAUAUGGGUGUUUAACAAUGGGAUUAGUCACAAUGACGAAGUUGAAACUGCUAGUAUCAUGCCCUUUGUUCAAGAAGCACUUGAUGGUAUUGAGUUUGCUAGGGGAGAUGCUAAUUCUACAUGGGGAUCGGUUCGAGCUGCAAUGGGACGCCCUGAGCCUUUUGAACUGAAAUAUGUUGCUAUUGGGAAUGAGGAUUGUGGAAAGACAUACUACAGAGGAAACUAUAUAGUGUUCUAUGAUGCUAUCAAGAAAGCCUAUCCAGAUAUCAAAAUCAUCUCCAACUGUGAUGGAUCAUCUCAUCCGCUAGACCAUCCUGCUGAUUACUAUGACUUUCAUAUUUACACUUCUGCUAGCGGUUUGUUUUCCAUGUACAAUCAGUUUGACCGCACAUCACGAAAAGGUCCAAAGGCUUUUGUCAGUGAAUAUGCUGUGACUGGCAAAGACGCUGGUACAGGAAGCCUGCUUGCUUCUCUCGCAGAAGCUGCAUUUCUCAUUGGUCUUGAAAAGAAUAGUGACAUUGUGGAAAUGGCAAGCUAUGCACCGCUCUUUGUCAACACAAACGAUAGACGGUGGAACCCUGAUGCAAUAGUCUUCAAUUCCUCUCAUCUAUAUGGAACUCCUAGCUAUUGGGUCCAGCGGUUCUUUGCAGAGUCAAGUGGAGCAACUCUCCACACUUCAACACUCCAGGGCAGUUCUUCUUCUAUCGUCGCAUCCGCAGUUUCUUGGCAAAACAACGGCAAAGACUACAUACGGAUUAAGGCUGUAAACUUUGGAGCUACGUCAGUGAAUCUGAAAGUGUUGGUAACGGGACUGGAUCCGAACGUGAUGAGAGUUUCGGGAUCAAAGAGGACAGUACUUACAUCAAGCAAUGUGAUGGAUGAAAAUUCCUUCACGCAGCCGGAGAAGAUUGUGCCACAUGAAAGCUUGCUAGAGAUGGCAGAUGAGGAUCUGAGUGUUGUUUUGUCGCCACAUUCUUUCUCAUCAUUCGAUUUGUUGAAGGAAUCUGCCACCAAGAUAAGAAUGCCAGUUUCUCAUUCUUCUUCUUCCUAUCAGAAAACUCCCACUAAGUGA